UCUCCCAUCAGAACCUAACGCGUUUUUCUCAUACAAAACAAUCACCCUUCCACACUUUAUUUUUUUCCAGAUUAGCCUGCCUUUGACUCUCUCAUUCCCUGAAAAAAAACCUGGAAUUUCACCCAACAUCUUUUCUCAUCAGACCCACAACCAGUUUCUUUUCUUUCUUCUCCUCUCUAAAACCAGAGGAUAAGUCUGUUCUGUUCUCUAUCUCGUAUAACCUCGACCACCUCUCUCUCAAUAUGGGCAACUACAUUUCGUGCACUUUAGCCACGCCUUUGAUGAAGAAGUCCAAGGUUGCGAGGGUUGUCUUCCCAACAGGGGAGGUUAGGCAAUUCAGGGAGCCCGUGAAAGCAGCAGAGCUCAUGUUGGAGUGUCCAAACUUCUUCUUAGCGAACUCGCAAUCUCUACGCAUUGGCAGGAGGUUUUCUGCCCUGAGUGCUGAUGAGGAGCUGGAAUCUGGCAACGUUUACCUCAUGUUCCCAAUGAAAAGAGUUAGUUCUAUUGUUACUGCCGCUGAUAUGGCUGUUUUCUUCAUCGCUGCUAACUCAGCGGCCAAGAGAAUUUCUGGAGGAAAUAGCAACAGGGUCUUGCCGGAAUCCGGUGGAGAUCAGAAUGUUCAAGAAAGUCUAGAGGGAAGGGACAAUGGAGCAGCAAGAUUGAGUCUGGAAGGAGUUGAGGACUUUCCAGCGCCAGAAUACAAGUACAGGCUAUCUUGUUGUAGAUCAAGGAAGCCUAUGUUGGAAACUAUAAAAGAAGAACCUGUUCGCUUAAGAUGAGUUAUAGGCGGGUAAAUAAAUUAAUUGUUUCAGUUUGCUUGGAGAGAUUACUCUAAUUCCUGUCUCUUUGUGUUUGCUCUCUGAGUUUUUAGCCAACUCAGAGGGACGAUAAUUAGCUUAAUUUGGUGAUUAUAAAAUAAUAUAAUCUCUUUUUUUUUUAA